ACUACUCUUUCUUUCUCUUCUACCUUGCAGCAACAUACAUACAUUUAUAUAUAUUUACUAGAACAACACUACUGCAACCGAAAAAAAAAGAAUGUCAGGAGUUUGGGUUUUCAAUCCUAAUGGCGUAAUAACUACCCAAAAUACUUCCAAGAGAAAGGUUUUGGUGCACUUGCCAACAGACCAAGUCAUAUCUUCUUACUCUUCUCUGGAGCAGAUACUGAGAGAAUUAGGGUGGGAAAGGUACUAUGGGGGGGACCCUGACCUCUUCCAAUUCCACAAACAAUCUUCCAUUGACCUAAUCUCUCUUCCAAGGGAUUUCUCCAAGUUCACCUCGGUUUACAUGUACGAUAUUGUGAUUAAGAACCCCAAUGUCUUCCACGUCCGCAAUAUGUGA